CUUCUUCUCUCUUUCCUUCAAAGUGGCGGUAAAAGGCUGCGGCAGCGCCACCUGCUGGAGCGGAGGAGACCGCCCCUGUGGAACCAGAGCAACACUGUGUUUACGUGUAACGGGAUCUACGGUGGCCGUCUGAGGUCAGAGCGCGUGUCCGCGCAGGGGCUGCGCUAGUAAUGGAGGGGGUCACAGUCGGCCAGGUAUUUGACGCGGAAUGUAUCCUCAGCAAACGGCCCAGGAAGGGGAAGUUUGAAUAUCUGGUGAAGUGGAGGGGGUGGUCGUCCAAACACAACAGUUGGGAACCAGAGGACAACAUCUUGGACCCGAGGUUACUGGCAGCGUUUCACAAAAGAGAACAAGAGCGGGAGCUUCUGUUCCAGAAGAAAGGGAAGAGGCCGAGAGGUCGGCCCCGGAAGGUUCUGCCUGCGCCAACCACGACGAAGGACAGCCGCUCCUCGUCCUCCUCAUCCUCCGCCCUCUCAUCGUCAACCUCCUCCUCCUCAGAAGAUGAAGAUGAAGAUCAGACAAAGAAGGCGAAGCCCGGCCCACGUGUCCACCCGGUCCCCCAGAAGAGGCCCCAGGUCCUGCUUGUCAAACCCACCUCCCCCGUCAAAAAGAAGCGUGGGAGGAAACCGCUCCACCCUGACGUGAGGGCGUUACGACAGGCGAAGAGCAGACCUCCUCCUCCUCCUCCACCUGCUCCUUCUCCUCCUCCUCCUCCUUCUCCCCCACCGACUCCUCCUCCACGCCACCACCAGGUGCUCAGGCCGUCCAGAGACGAGCCUCGGCCUGGCGUGAAGAAGCCGCUGCAGCCGGCGAGCUUCACCUACACCGGCCUGAGCAGGAGCUCCAGAGACGGCUCUGGCUCCGCCUCCUCCGCCAGCGCCUUCUCUCAGAGCGCCGCCGCCGCCAAACCCGGAACACUCGGCUGCAUCUGGACCAGCCGCCCGCUGUCCUCCUCCGCUCCGUCCUCCUCCCACCACAAAGCCACUCCGUCCCCACAGAGGAAGAACUCCGUGUCCGAGCUGAAGCGCUCCACGUCCGACUCGGGCGGCGGCUGCAAAGUGAAGCAGAGCUCAGCAUCCAUCAGCCUGCACAGCAGCUUCAGUGGCAGCCAGCGGAGGCAGGAGGUCAGAGGUCAGGCCAUGUUGCUUCAACACAAACUGCAGAGUGUUUCCAAACAGUCAUCACUGUCCACACCUCGAGACCGAGCCAAUCAGGCGCUGAGCCUCCGAGCCCUCAACCUGCAGAGCGUCAGCAAAGCCCCGGGCGCCGCCGGGUUCCAGAGCAGCAGCACGGGGGGGGCUGCAGCGUCGCGCUCCAGCUUGAGGAGCGGCAGCAUCGUGAUUCAAAGAGGAGCGGCGCGUAUGAAGGAGACUCGAGCGUCAGGGCAGCGCUCCGGUCCGACUGCGGGUGGCGCUGCCGAGCAGGGCAGGGGGAAGGACCUGCUGGCAGGAGGCAGCCAGAGGCAGGAGGAGCGGAAACACGGGGGGGGCUCUCAGAGCCGCAGCCUGAACGAGCUCAGCACCGGAGACUCGGACGAGACCAGCAGCAGCGAAUCAGAGCACGGCGCCUCGCUGUACCCCAGCAACAGCCGGCCCAGCCUCGGCAACAACGCCACGGAAUCGGACACGGAAACCGACUGGCGGCCGACCCGGGACCUCCUGGAGCACGUGUUCGUCACUGACGUCACAGCCAACUUCCUCACGGUGACGGUGAAGGAGUCUCCCACCAGCGUGGGAUUCUUCACUCCACCAAACCACUGAGACCACUGCAGAGCUCAGCUGGAGCCGGCGCUCUCCCAGUGCAGCUCCCCGGCUCCACGCCGCUCGCCUUCAGCUCCUCACGCUCAACACACUUUGACUCUUCACGCACAAAACGUUUGAGAAGAGCGACAGGACGGUUUCAUCAGGUGACUUCCGAUCGCACGAAUCUCCUGUGGUCACAUGUCGUAGGAACUCUGAUGUUUAGACGCUGCCUUCACCUGACGCUAGAUUCAGUCUGUGGAGAAGAAGACGUCUCCAGAGUCUGGUCAACCAUUUAACAGCAGAGUCGAACCCCUCCAGUGUUGGGCGGGGUUUGAACCUACUGAUGGAUGUAGGACGCCACCUCUCCAGUGCCUCCGGCUCCACUGCUCAUGUGGCUUUGUUCUCCAGAGCAGCAAGUUUUGAAAAAAUAUUAAAAAAAGAAAAAAAACGUCCGUCUGUGAUCCGUGAACUUUUAAACAUGAACAAUCCCACGGGGGUUUUUAAAUUGUCUUUUUGUUUAAUGGACCAAAGGUGCUUGGAAUGUGAACGCUCCUGUUUGUUGCUUCCUGAUUGUUCCCUGAGCGACGCACAGCCGGUUCCUCGCCAGCGUCUCAGAACAGACGCUCCUGCAUCCACACAUUUCUCACUUUUAUACAGUUUAAUACGUUCGUGGCUAUCGUCAGUGUCUUUCACAGGUGAAAUAUGUGUUAAUUUAUAUUGUAAAUAUGACUUGUUUUUUCAUGUUGAUCUUUAUCUGGUGCUCAUGUUGGUUUCUUAGCUUCAGACACGUGUAGCCUCUGAAAUAAACCAGAACAACCUGA